AUGUUGUCCGCCUCGGCUCUCUCGGUGCCUGCCGCCACCCCGAGGGCGGCCAGCGCCACAGCCCCCACCGCCGCGAAGGGGCUCACGAGCGGCAGUUGGCCGUUUUUCAGCGUCGUCGACGGAUACAGCAUCUCCCCCAAGCUAGCCGAGCUGCUCCGCGCGGCGGCCACGCGGGAGGACGAGGAUGCGCCGUUUCUGAACAUCCCCGCCGAGCUGCUGUGGCUGGGAGGCUGCCGUGAUGCACCCUCGGCACUACUCGGUAGGCGUGGUGAGCCGGGCACAGCGACCCCGCUCAAGGGCGUCGCGCGCGCCUCGCCGUCGUCCAGGGUGUUGAUGUCAGCUGCUGAAGCGCUCAUGGUGGACCCCGACGCACCCCGGCCUGGUCGACGGCGCUUGAGGUACAAAAUCACGCCCGUGUCCCGCGAGGGUACGAGGGCGGCAUUCGCAUCUGCCACCCUGGGGUCCCUCACGCCGCUCUCCGGCAGCACCGGCAGCACCACGCCGUUCAUCUCCCUUUUCACCAAGGACGACGCGGCGGCGAUCGCCUCGCCCCUGGCAGUGGCGGGCAUAACCGCAGUCCCUCCGUCCUCCGGCGGGGCAAUGCUCUGCUUCGCGACUCCAAAGUCGCCACUCAGUGGCGCCGAGCCCGCAGCCACUGCCGCGCUUCUUCGUGGCAGUAGCUUCGCCACCACAGGCAGUCUGCGGUCGAGUGAUGCGCCGUCUGCCUUGAUGGCGGCGAUCGUCACGGGCUCCUCUCACACAGGACCAGACGCGCUCCCGCCUCUGUCGCCCUUCACUCCCAGCGACUCCUACGGCGGCAGCGGCCAGCAAGUAGAGCUGCCCUUGUGCGGCUUUCAAGGGGUUUCUGCGUACAGCCACCACGUGCUUGAGCAGCACAUGCCCGUCAGCAGUCGAGGAUGCUCGUCACGUGCUGCGUCGGCAGCGGCGACGACGUCGCUGUUGAGGCUGGCGCGGCGGGCAGCGAGUGUUGCCAGCGCGCAGUCGGUGAGCGACUGCACGGAUGCCCCGUACCACUUCGAGGAUCUCUUCGGCUACGCAGCGGCGUCCUCUCUCGGCGAGGAUGGUGACGUUUUACGUGACACACCGUGCGCCGGGAACUUUAGCUGCGACGUUUUCGAAGACGGAAAUAUGUGCGAGGCGGUGGGCGGCAACGGCUGUGACGAAGACAGCAGCUGCCGUGGUCUCAUCCAGAUACGAGGGAGGAGAGUGGUGGCGACGGGAGCUAUGCCGUCUGCAGCGGGGUCGGCGUCGAGGCUGUCGCCGCGCCAGCAGCUGACACGCCUGCAAGGGCAGUGCGACGUGCACACCUGCGCCACCGCAGCCUUGAAGGCUGGCGGGCCAGCGGCGCGCAGCCUUACUGCAGCGCAUGCGCCAUCAGGGCGGACCGCAAGGCGGGGGCCCAUGUCGCUCAUGCACACCAUUGCCGGGUCCGACUCGGUGUCUAGCUAUGGCAGCGUAGUCGGCGGCUCGACUGGCCUUAGCACCUUCGCCCGAUCCACACUGACGGCGCCGCAGCAGGUGCUGGCGUGGCCAGGGGUGCUGCCACGCCCACUAUCGACAGAGACGCAGAGCGGCGCUUCUGGUAGUGACCACCUCCUUGGCGGCAGUGGCAGCGUCACCACGGAGAGCUCAAUCAGCGCGCCGGAUCUGCCUGUGUUCGUGCCCACGUCCGGCUCGGCCUGCUUGCUGGGGGCAGCCGCCUUCGACAGUGGCGCAGGUGGCAGACCGCUCCAUCCGCAACUGGGUAGGCGCGCGGCGCCUGCGCGCAAAAGGGAACUGUGCACCGCAGCGGACACCAUUGCAAGACCCGCACAGCGGCCCCACAGCUCUCACUGGCACGCUGGCGGGGACGGCAGAAGCGGUCGCAGCGGCGGCGGUAGCCUUCAUAGACCCUUGAGCGAUCCGCAAGGCGCACCUGCCGGAACACAAGAUUGCAUCAAGCAGACCCAGAGCAGCUCUGUCGCUGAGGGGCGCACGCGGAGCGCCGAGAGCAGCAGUGACGUCAGCGGCUGGGGACGGGUCAGCGAUGGUGGCGAGGACAGCAAUGGGCAGAACGCAACGAGUGGCGGUGGCAAGAAUGGCCGCUGCCGCCCAUGCUCGGCGCCGUGGGUGCGGCGCAUCACUUGCCCUCCUCCGCUGCAUCUGCGUAGCCUAAGCGGCAGAUCGUGGAAGCUGGCGAAGACGCCGCCGGCAGCAGCAGAGGACAGCCAUGCAGCGGACGCGCACGCCGGCGAUGGUGGUGAGACGGGCUCGCGAGAAAUCGAAGCCUUCGCGGCGCUGCUCCCACCUACCCCUAGCCAAACCUCUCCAUCGCUGGCUCUCGCCACUCCCAGCACGACCGUCGCCGCGGUCGCGGAGGGCUCGCAGAGAGGCUGGCCUCCGGCGCACGGCAGCACGGCGCCGAGCCCCUCGAGCCGACGCCAUCGCGAGGACAGGCGCAGCUACCACCAACACGAGCUGCAGCAGAACUGGCACUUCCGGUUGUUAUGUGUAUGUGCUCCGUAUAGCGUCUUUGUGGUCCUGCUGGCGCUGACCACUUUUGUCGCCACCCACGUCGUCUCGGAGGGUGUCGGGUCGACCUCCCCCGGAGAGCGCCACACGUACGGUCUCCCUGACCUGGUUGCCUGCAUGGAGAAUGUCACCCUGCCGUCGACCCUGCCGAAUGAAAUCUGCACCUGCUGGCACAUCGAGGACUCGGAUCGGCCGCCGUGUGCGGCCGUGAAGUUCGCGGAUCACGCCGAGUCCCUGGCCGCGCUCUCCUGCGUCUUCCCGACCGCCUCGGGGCCGCGGAACGAGGCGCAUUGUAUCCCGCUGCGUCGCAGCGACAAGCUCGGCAACCUAAGCGCCGUUGCCGCGGCCACGAAGCAGGCGGUGCCCAUCACGGACAACGGCAGGCGCGACGACCGCGAGAGCGGGCACAAGCCGCUCGUCUCGAGGCCAGCGCGCCUCAGUGGCGAAAACAGCCGGAUCGUCUUGCGAGGAGACAGAGACACGGUUCAGGCCACUCGCACUCGGCGCAGCACUACAGGCGGUCACCUUCCACCUUUCGCUGGCGAGCGCACGUUGUCGCGGCACACGAGACCGUCCGCCACCACCCCGUCGAAGCUCGACGAAUCGACGCAUGAGGAUCUGCCGCGGCGGCGGGAAGAGAGCACCGCUGGUGCUGCCGAGGCAGGCGCCGCGGCACCGUUCGCGGACGUGGAGGUGCCCUCGGGGUACGCGUUCGGCGGCUUCGGCUACGCAACGCAGUUCCUUGCCGCGGCGUAUCUGGACAGUGAGCACGCCAACGAGAGGAAGGAAGCAAACACGCCUGCGCGCGUGUACGCCAUCGAACCAAACUUGCGCGACACGCUCAGCCCACCCUUCCCUCUCACCAAGGCGCCAUCGGCGAUGAGCGGCGACGGUGUCCCACGUAUGGCACAUGCGUUAUCUAUCGUUUACAGCUGGAGGAAGGCUAUCACACGUGCGGACGGGUCCAACUCGCGCGUCUCGCGUUGGCGGAUCGUGUCGGAGCCGUAUGAGCACUGCAGCGGCAUGUGCGUGCACCCUCUCUAUGGGCGCGGUCGUGCAGAGUCGUCCUUUCUCUCAUGUCGCCUAGACGCCGAUGCACUGCUGCUCGGGUAUUUAGAGUUGGAUGCCGCGCGCGCGACGCCGCAAGCGCGGUCACGCGUAGCGCUGCUGGUUCCGCGUCGUCCCACGAAAUCGUUGAGGCCCGAUGCUGGCACACCCCGGCAGCAACGCGGCGGCGGCGAACAGCACGACUCGAUGGAGGUCGGCAUCUUCGCUCGGAGGUGGGUGAUCCACUUUCAGCAACCGGAGCGCCGGUAUAGAAAAUUGUGCAAAACUCAGCCCACAGACGGGGAUGACCCGCCGUCGAGCAACAUCAGUGGCGCCGCCAGUGCGGAUGAUGAUGCAGUAGGAGGGGAUGAGGGGGCCGUGCCACCGGGUGGCGGGAAGGUGUGCUGGAUGCCGUGCCUCUGCCCCGAUAGCGGAGCGUCGGUGCCAACAAUUCUCAACGUCAGCGACGAUAUUGUGGCAGCCGCAUUGAGGGUGAUUGACCUGCACAGCUGCACCGCUGACGUGCACCACCGCACGCAGGAGCCGGGUAUCAACAUCAGCGGCCCCGACGCCGAUGUGGACGCCCACGGCACGGCAGCCUGUUUCUCGUGUGGCUCGCGGGGGUCGCUCAACACAUCGUCGGCGUUGCCGGCUGCCCGGCAGUACGAGCGGCUGCUCGGCGGCGGGCGGCGCACCUUCGCGCCAGCAGUGUUUCGCGAGUUUCUCGCUGAUGGCCAGGGGACGGCGGUUGAUGUAUCGUCGGUGCGUGUGAGCUCCAAUUUCACAGCGAUGGUGGUCAUCGGUGCGGCGCCUCUGCGCCGCGGUCGAGGCGGGCGUCACAAAGUCGCGAAGCGCUAG